GAAACUUGAAACUUGACAUUGACAAGUAAAUAACAUAACCUAUAAUUUUGUGGAGAGGAAGGUAUUUUCUUAUAUUUAUUUAUGGAAAUAUUGAAAAUAAUGAUGGACAAAAAUGACAAAAUACUUGAAAAUGUUACAAUCAUAUAGAUGUGAGGAUAGACUGUUGAAUGAUGCCAUUAUCUAUUGGUUAUCAAUAUCCAUACAAAUACAGAAAAACAUUUUCACUGCAUAAAUUUUUGGAGAAGAAACAGAACCAACUGAUAAUGAAAUAUCAGAUGAAAAUUAAAUUCAAUGCACCUGUGUUGAUAGAUCUGACACAAUUGGACACUGAUGAUUCUGAUUCAGAUACAGAUACUAGAAGAGAUUAUUGUUCAAAAACUGUAAAAGAAUUUCCUGAAAAUUCUGGUAUCAUUGAAUUUGACAAACCGAAUGCCCACUCUACUCCACUGAACUCCCAAAAUUCCAUUUCUGAAGAUGAAUCAUCUCAACACACUAUCAAACUUGAAGAUUCUGGUGAAGAUGAAUCUGAAACUGACAAUUUCGGAAUUACUUUUGGAACUAAAAGUACAGGAAGAGUAAUCAUUAAGCAAGACAUUUUGAUUUCAUCAUUAGGUGAUUUGGAAAACAAUAAACCUUCAUCUGUUUCAAAUAUUCCUGAAAAAUCAGGAACAGUUGUAGUUGCUGGACAAUCAGUAGAAAAUAAGAAACAUUCAGAUUCCUCAGGAAAAUAUGGCCAAAAUCAGGAAAAAGAUAAGUUGAACAAUGCAUCUGCAUUAUUGACUUCUGAUAGUAGUACUAAGAACAGGGAAUCUGAAGAUACUUUUUCAUUAUUGUCAUCCAAUAAUGAGAAAAUACCAAAGAAGAGUGCUAUGGGGUUGAAGAGAAAAACUAAUGAAAUCUGUGUACAAAACCACCAUGUACCUAGACCAACUUGCACAAUUGUUCAACAAUUAGAGUUAGGGGGAAGCAAAACAAACUCUGAAUUUCUUGAAAAAAAUCCUGAAAACCAUAAGGAAGGAAUAUUAAGUAAAACCAUAGCAUCAAAAACUCAAAGUCAUAAGGAUAUAAGCUUGAAUAAAUCAAUAUCACUUAGUUCUAUUCCACAACAAACACAAGGUAUAAAAAAACAAUCAGAAUCACCUGACCAAAACCAAAACCAGGGACAUAAAAGCUUGAAUGAUGCUGCCCCAUUGACUUCUGUUUCUCAACAAUUUGAUAAAAGUAAAAAAGGAUCAGAAUCACAUGACAGAAACAUGCAAAACCAGAAAAAAAUUAACUCUGAUGAAGCCUUACCAUCAGUAGGAUCAACUACUAUUUCCAGUCCUAUGAAGAGAAAAGCUCUGAAUUAUUUUUUUCCUCUCAGGGAGAGUCCUACAAAGAGAAAAGCUGAAAACAGUUCAACUGAUACAGUUAUUGCUGGACAAUCUGAAGAAAGUAUAGUAAAUCCAUCAAAUAUUCCAGAAAAACUAGGCAAAAUAGAAAACCAGGUAAAGAGAAACUUGAACAAAGUCAAAUCAUCACAUGUUGAGAAUAAUUCAAUGAGCAGACAAGCUGAUAAUUCAUUUUUGUUGCCCAGUAAAGAUAUAGCAGAAACCAGUCCUGUGGAACAGAAUGUUCAGGGUCAUAAGAAAGGAAACCUAACUAAAGUCAAGCAAUUGAAGGUGCUAUUGACUUCAGUUGCUCAACAAACUGAAGGGAGUAAGAAAAAAUCAGAAUCAGAUGACAAAAACAGGAAAAAUCAGGAGAUAAGAAACUUGGAUAAAGCUCUACCAUCAAAUGUCACAAGUCCUAGUAAGAGGAAAGCUGAUGAUGAUUUGUUUUUGUCUCCCAGUAAGAGAUUUCCAGAAAAGAGGCCAAAGAAGGAGUUGAAAGAUAUAAAUAUCAAUCAUGUGAUUGUCAUGAAUGGCUUGUUCAAAACUGUAUACACUUCACCAUAUUUAAAAAAUCUUGUUGAAGCAGAAAAGCCUGUUCUGAAAUCACUGAUGACUACUGGUAAUCCAAAACAUGUCUUUGUAUGUCUAAAGCUUUGUACAGGGCAGCCAAAGUGGUAUAAUAUAUUCCAGUUUUGCAAGAGGAUCAUGAUUGGAUUAGAUGACAAAGAAAUCAUCAACUUGUAUAAAUGGUUGAUACAUAAGAAAAUUGUAGAUAAUGACAUAUACAAAGAUGAAUUGCCAAUCCUGAUGAAUGAUCUCAACAAAGUACAAAUGAAAAGCAUUUGUGAGAAAUUCAGAAUAUUGAAAACAGGGACAUCAAAAUCGCUAAUAAAAAAAGAAAAUAUGAUGCAAUGUCUUCUUAAAUAUUGCAAUAUGCCAUCAACCUCAUUAACGAAAUCUGCGAAAGAUUUAAUUAUGGAAGAAAUAAAACGUCAGAUGGGAUACAGCGUGAAAUUGAAUGACAACUUUAGGGAAGCCUAUUAUAACGUCUUUAUAUUGGGAACGUUUACUAAUCCUGUUUUCGACAAUGUCAAUGAUUUUAUAGAUAUCAUGGUUAAUCAUAAAACAGCUUUUCCUGAGUAUAAACUGGAAGAUUAUGUGGUUUUCUACACUAGAGAGGAGUUUGUAAGUUAUGUCAAUGCCCGGAAACUGAAGAAACGUUUAGAAGAUACUUUGAAAUUGAACAAUUAUUUAGAAUUGCUGCAACAGUCCAAUACGGUCUUUCAAAAUUUGCAGGAGCUUGAAAAGAACAGAGCAAGUGAAGAUCCGAAUAGGUACCAAGCUGUUCCUCAUUUGAAACAAUUUACUGCUGUAUCGGUAUAUCUUUGUUGCUUUUCAAUGGUUACAGAAGCACUCAAAACGAAAUUUCCUGAUAUAGUGAAAACAUGGCUGGAGUAUCUCAUAAAAUACUUUCCCACUUCUCAUCAACUUGGCGACUGGUAUAAUCAAUUAACCUGGUUGUAUUUGAGGUACUUGCAACCAAAUGAUUACGAGCCAACAGCAAAACUUAUAAUACAAAUAUUGGGAUCUAAUCAUGUCAACGUGUCUGAUGUUCAAUUGCAUCAAAUAGGAAAAAGAGCUGAACAAUUGAAUGCAGGAAACAAACGUAAAAUCCACCAACUCUACCAUGACACUAUUGCUGAUUUGGUACCAGAACCUAUGAAACUCGAACAAUUUCCUGCUACCACUGUGGAUACAACAGCUACAAGGAGUACGGGAACAGGCCGAAAAAGAAGCUAUGUUGUCCAUGACAGUAAUGGGAAAAAAAGCUAUAAGUCUGUGGAAAACAUCGCAUUAGAAUACUACAUUGAAAGAUGUGGUUAUUCAGAUGGGAGACAUUGUGAAGGCUCUCUUAUCAAAGCUACGUUCACCCUCUUCUUCUGGGACAUUAUAUACAAUCCCGAAAAAGUUGUACCUGGUACAUUUCUUUCAAAAAUCCAAUAUGUUCCACUCGAUAUGUAUACAACCUAUUUUUACCAGAACAGGAAACAUGCCAUUGAUAAGCGACUCAAAGAAAUCGAAUCUGAUUGGCCAGAUAAUGAGCUGUUGCAAUUCUUGAAAAGGAGCUGGGAGUUGCAUUCUCAUGAGUGUGGUUACUGUGAACCUGGCACCAUCAUCAAGAAACCAGAGUAUCUGGAAAUAUUGGUGAAUUGCAUUGGGAGGAAAGUUCUUGCGAAGAUUUAUGAACGCUUAGUUAAAGACUUGCCGCUGUACAUCAGAGGUUUACCUGAUUUAUUGGUAUGGAAUGUUGAUAACAAAAAGAGUAAAUUUGUAGAGGUGGUGCUAGAAAUGAACAAACUAUCUAUGGAAAAGAAAUUAUGGCUCAAAUAUUUGAUGACUAUAGGGGCCGAUGUAGAAGUUUGCCAUGUUAAUUCUACGAGUUCCAAGAGGAUGAAAUCGAAAAAUUUGAAAUUCGAUAGAAAAAAAGAAAAACCCAAUGAAAAGAAACAAACACUGGGGAACAUCAAAAAGAAGAAAGAAACAAUUCAUGGGAUGAAAGCAAAAAUUCAGGAAAGGAAAGCAAGAGUCGAGAAAAAUGUGGAGUUUCAGAAUCUAGAUGCUUCACAAUUAUGUGAAACCAUGUUGGAAGCAACUAUAGACGAAGCAUCUACUUCAACUACAGAGGCUCAGCGGCUUGGAGAGGAUUCAGGUAUAUCCAAUGAAACUUCCGAUUUCGCGCUGGAAUAGUAGAUAGUACGGAUAAAAUGAUAAUAUGCCUUUGUGACUGACUCUUAUUCAGUCCUUUACAUGUUCUGUGAUGUUAGCGUAGAUAUGCUUUUGUUAAGUUUGUUUUGUCUUCAGGGUGUUUCGAGUCGGAAAGUGUAAAUUUCAGAAACGAAUGAAACGCAAAUGGCUGAGUUCGGUCCAAGAUGCCAACAUAAAAUCCGUAUCUCCAUAACUAAAAUAUAUUCUGAAACAUCCUUGGACAGGUCAAUUUUUAUUUUUAGAAAUCUAUUUUGCCUACAAUUUUUCAAUCACCUGUCAAUAUCACGUUGAAUGCCACGUAUGGCUGGAGUAGGAGGCUCUGAGAAACCAAGGCUAGGUUUGAGUAAAUUAUUAUUUUUCUAAGCGUAAUUUGAGAAUAUAUGGUCUUGCUAAUUCAUGCUGACGUUUUCAAGGUCACCAGCAGCUGUCCAGUUUACUGCACAGCGGGCUAUAUUUGGGGUUUUAGCAUGUAUAGCCCGCUGUCCAGUGAACUGGACAUACACAUCUCAUGAAAAAAAGAAAAACUGAACUAAGUGUAUUACUUAUUUAUUUCCUUUAUCAAAUACAAAAAACUAAAAAUGAGAUCAAAUCUAGAUAUGAGAAACCUAAAUGGACGAUGCAUUCCAAAUUUUGAAGCAAGGAUUGACACAUAAACCAGGUUUUUUCGGGCAAACAGGGCAUACAUUACUAGUUUUCUUCUUUUCUUUCAUUUUACAGCAUUGGCAACAUCUUUUCAUUUCGCAUAUUUCUUCUGUUGAUUGAUUCGGCACCAAAAAAUUGAAUUUGUUUGUUGUUGUUCUUCAUAAUUAUUUCUUCACGUAAGUCCAAGAGUCUGACCUUUUUAUUCUGAUGAAGAUUAUAAAUGUAAUAAGUAUUCCACAUACACAAAUCCAACAGAUAGAACUUAAAUGUACGGUACCAUCUCAAGGCUUUUCUUGGAGUGGAAUAAUACAUCAUUUGGUCGGAGCGGUCAAUACCUGACAUGUGUUUAUUAUAAUAAAUAACACAUGCUGGUUUAAUCCUCUCAUUAUUAGCUCUCUCUCUCCUUGAAUUUCAACCAUCGAAUGUUUAUGCAAAGUACUUAUCAUUCGGACAUUUCAACAAAAUUAGGCAGGCCUUACCUUGGGGUUGCGUCAUUAUUAUUUGUAGAUAUGUCAGAAAAAUUACUAAACUUUACACUCUUUAAUGAAAAACUCC